AUGCAAAUUUACGCAAAAAUGGAGAGCGGUUUUGCAGUGUCUUUUAGCGUGUUAUCUUUCCUAGUGAUUAUCUCGUUGGCGGUAGAUGUAACGCUUGAAAAUGUAGACGAUCACUCACCAUUUUCAGAGGAAAAUGAAAAUGUGGCCCACGAAGACGGCAACAAAGUGUUUUCCAAGGAAGAGUUGGCAAAAUACAACGGUGAAGAUGUAAGAAUGUAGUUGCUUGUAGCAGAAUAAGAACUCAAGAAAUGAAGAUAUUUUUAUUUUUCCUCAUUUUGGGUUAAAGUGUAGCCAUCUAAUAGAAGGCAGAUACGAUGCAUCAUAUCAUAGAAAAAGAUGUCAUGACAGCGCAGUUUUUGAUAAUAGCAAAACUCUGCGGCAAGAUUUCCGCUUUCAGUGGUUACACAAAAAUUGUUUAUCUUUGUUUUCUGUUUCAGCCUUCUCUGCCAAUCUACGUUUCAAUCAAAGGAAUUGUGUUCGAUGUUUCGGACUCCAGAGGUAAGAUCAUAUUUUUCAAGUCUUGAUUUGUGGAUUUAUAAUUUCUAAAUCAGAUAUUGGUCAUCCUUAAUACAAGUCACUAUCAGAGUAAAUAAAAAAGUUAAUAUAAAUAUGGAAUUUUCCCUUAUGUUGCAGAAGUGUAUGGACCUGGAGGGAAAUAUAAUUUGUUUUCUGGUAAAGAUGCGUCAAGAGCACUCGCAAAGUGGUCGAUGUCAAAGGAAGAUCUGACUGACGAUUUGGUGAGAAAAGCUUGCGUGACAACUUGCGUCAUUGUGUAGAAUAAAGAAUAUAAAAUUUACCCCCAUAUUCCAUCGGCAGCAGAGUGGCGCAGUGGAAGCGUGCUGGGCCCAUAACCCAGAGGUCCGAGGAUCAAAACCUCGCUCUGCUAGUAUUUUUUUUGCCAUGCAUUUUUUUUUUCUUCCAGGUUCUUUUUUCGCUUGCUUGUAAAUAUAAAUUCACUUUUGCUUUAUUUUUAAGGAUGAUUUAUCGGACGAGGAACUGACGCGUUUGGAUGGUAUUUACAACAAGCUUUACGUGGCAAAAUACCCUAAAGUUGGAUACCUUGAAGGACAUGAACCCCAUGACGAGGACAACCUAACAUCGAAAAAGAACGUGAACAUCGAACUGUGA